AUGAACUCUACACAGGUUUCAUAUUUCACACUUGCUGCCUACUUUGACACUGGACUGUUAAAAUACUUAUUUUUCAUUAUUGCUAUGUUUUUAUAUGCUAUGAUUCUUUGUGCCAAUGUGUUGCUGAUAGUGAUUAUCUGUAUGAACAGAAGUUUACAUGAACCUAUGUACCUGUUUCUGUGCAGCCUGUUUGUAAAUGAACUGUAUGGUAGUACAGGGUUGUUUCCAUCUCUUAUGGUUCAGAUCCUCUCUGACAUUCACACUGUUCCUGCUUCUUUUUGUUACUUCCAAAUUUUUUGUGUGCAUAGUUAUGGGACUGUUGAGCUCUUUCUCUUAACUGCCAUGGCAUAUGACAGAUAUGCUGCUAUCUGUUAUCCUCUACAAUAUAACACAUGUAUGUCAUCUGCAAGAUUGCCCAUAAUGAAUUCUGUAGCAUGGGUAUAUGGCUUUUCUACGUGUUUUAUCAUGGUUUGUUUGAGUUCCUCUUUACAGCUGUGUGGGAACAUGAUUAACAAAGUUUACUGUGAUAAUUAUUCUGUUGUUAAGCUGUCCUGCUCUGACACACAGAUACUUAACAUAUUAGGACUAAUUUCUUGUUUUUUGCACAUACUCUGUCCCUUAAUUUUAAUCCUUUUCUCUUACAUGAAGAUUCUUAAAGUCUGUUUUUCUGGUUCUAAACAGACCAGACAAAAAGCUGUCAGUACCUGCACACCUCACCUUGUUUCUCUGAUGAACUUUUCUUUUGGGGGAUUCUUUGAAAUAUAUCAGAGCAGGUUUGAUAUGAGCAGUGUACCCAGCAUGUUGAGAAUAUUUUUAUCAUUAUAUUUUCUGACAUGCCAGCCUCUUCUCAACCCUGUACUGUAUGGCUUUAAUAUGUCUAAAAUCCGUAACAUAUAUAAAAGUCUGCUUUUUGCUAAAAUGUAG